UGCUCGAACAAAAACGACCUCUGCCAGUUCUGGAAGUCGGUGGGCGAAUGCGAGACGAACAGCAUGUUCAUGCGCCAAAACUGUACCCUUUCCUGCGGAUUUUGCAACUCUACCGCCCCCGCCCCUGACACGGUCACCUUUCGUCCGGUCGAAGCGAGGAAGAAGGUUGUCACCGAACCAUUCAAGUGA